AUGACCACCACCGCGGCGCCUCGUCUCUACUUCGCCUACGGCUCCAACCUCUCACCAACUCAGAUGGCCCUCCGCUGUCCCUCCUCCGUCCCCGUCGGCCUGGCUCACCUCCCGGAUUACACCUUCAUCAUCAACUCCCGCGGAUACGCCAACGUCGUCCGCAAAGCCCCUCCUCCCGUCGCCCUGGAUGCCGGCCGCUCCGUAUCCGCACCCGAAAACAACGCCUCCUCCACGCCGCUCCCGGGCCCCACCAACCCUGGCGUCUACGGCCUCCUCUACACCCUUCCACCUGCCGACGAAGCCACCCUCGACAAGUGUGAAGGCGUGCCCCACGCGUACCAAAAGCAAGACCUCCUUGUCAAAGUUGUCUCCUCGGCCGCGUCUUCGGAUCCUUCAACCGCCCCAUCCGCAUCUUGGCCUUCGUCCGACGGCGGCAUCCACUUACAAGAGAGUGCAAACGUCACCGCUCUUGUCUACGUGGACAACGAGCGGACCGAGCCUUCGUCUCCGCGGACCGAAUACAUUGACCGCAUGAACCGCGGCGUCGACGAGGCGACCAUGCUCUUCAACCUCCCGGCAGAGUACGUGGACCGUGUCAUCCGGCCGUACAUCCCCGCCCCGGAGACGCCCAUCGUGGAUACCACGGCCAUUGCGGACCCCUUUCUCGAGCGUGCUUGA